AGAAGAAGUUAAUAUGUUUUGUCGUUUGUUCUGUUUUUGUCACCUGUGGAGUGUUUCUACUAUUUCACGGAAGCGUGAUACAUUGGCGAUGAAACACAGGCAUGUGGCGACACUCUCUUUAUCAUUGGCUAUCCUUUGGACAGUUGCUGUCCUGUUUCUGUACGGUGACCAACAAGAAUCUGUCCGAGGAAUCAUCGACAUCAAGCGACAAGAACGCAGCUCACAGAGCACGAGAAUCAUCAACACCUUUUCUUCCCUCGAUCAGUCAUUCGGAUCUCCAAAGAGCGCUAAGGUCGAAGCCAGGCUCAGUGGUAUUUCACUCGAGUUCCAAGAAAAUGUGAAGCCACGGAACACUCAAAUAUUGCUGGUCGGUGUAAACCGCAACCUGAGCUUUGCGGAUCUGCCGGCAAAGGUACGUAAGGCAGAGCGUCACACCAUUGUGAGUGACACGGCUGUGAAAGAAGGCUGGAAGCUGCACGCGUUCAACCAAAUUAUAAGCGACCAGAUCUCUCCCAUCAGAAGCCUUCCUGACGCGCGUCAUCCGGCGUGCCAGGAUCUCAACUAUCAGAAAAAGCUUCCAGACACUAGUGUGGUGAUCUGCUUUCGCAACGAGGCCUGGAGCACGCUGCUUCGAACUGUCCACAGCGUCAUAAACAGGUCACCGAGGGAAUUGCUGAGGGAGGUCAUUCUCGUUGAUGACUUCUCGGACAUGAACCACUUAGGCAAAGAACUGGACUCCUACGUAGCCCAUCUACCGAAAGUGCGACUGUUGAGGCUGAAGAAGCGCGAAGGACUUGCGCGAGCUCGUAUGGCCGGGACAGCAGUGUCUACUGGCGCUGUCAUUACGUUCCUGGACUCGCACUGCGAAUGCACUAAUGGUUGGUUGGAGCCACUCCUUGAUCGAGUAAGCCGCGACCCGACCACUGUUGUCUGCCCUGUCAUUGACGUCAUCAAUGACAACACCUUCGCGUACAACGCGGGUCAUUAUGGCAGUGUCCAAGUUGGAGGUUUCGAUUGGAGUCUUAACUUCAGAUGGAAUGUUGUUCCGGAACGCGAAGUCAGGCGGAGACAAUUUUCUUGGGAACCCUUGCGGAGUCCCACGAUGGCCGGCGGGCUCUUUGCCAUAGACAAGGCCUUCUUCAAGAAGCUGGGGAUGUACGACGAAGGCUUCGAAAUUUGGGGCGGCGAGAACCUCGAACUUUCCUUCAAGAUCUGGAUGUGUGGCGGAACAUUGGAGAUAGUGCCGUGCUCUCACGUGGGCCACGUGUUUCGCGCGCGGAAUCCUAACGUGGGUACAUUGGACUUCAGUCGCGUCUCACGGAAUUCAAUGCGCGUGGCUGAAGUCUGGCUGGAUGAUUAUGCCAAAUACUAUUACGAACGGACAAGGAGCCUCAGCAGGGACAUCGGCGAUGUUGAACCUCAGAAGGCCCUACGACGCAAGCUGCGGUGCAGGUCGUUCCGCUGGUAUUUGGACACUGUUUACCCGGAGUUGUUCGUUCCCGACAAGGCGGUGGCGUCUGGGGAAAUCCAGACUCAGAUGAAGCGACGACGCCUAUGCGCCGACCAACCGGCUGAGAGGCUACGGGCACCAAUCUUAUUGUACGGGUGCCACGGACUUGGUGGCAAUCAGAACUGGUAUUUGACACUCGCAGGCGAAAUUCGCAGGGACGAGUCUUGCUUCGACUAUGAUAGCACAAGUGAAGAUGUUAUGUUGUAUAAGUGUCACGGCAAGUUGGGGAAUCAACAAUGGGUCUAUAAUCAUGAUUCCGGAACGAUAUACCACGUUAUUAGUAAGAAAUGUCUAGGCACGUAUCCAGAUGGCAAAAAGCUCCGCAUGGUACUAUGCAACGAAACUAGAAGGCGGCGAUGGCAAUUUCAACACUACAAAAAACCUUGAAUAUAUUCCUCAUGUUUCAAGCUUCAAGGCACACCCGAAUAAUAUCGCGUUCUUGCAAACGCUCAAGUUAUUUUCGCUAUGGAGCACACCCGA